AUGGCGAGUAAGUGUACUGUAUUGGAAGUCAUUCUGAUCAUCUUCAUCAUAAUAAUAUUGGCCUUCGAUAUCCUCUUGCUGAUUCUCAUCUUGCAGAACCCUUCAGAUACUUCAUUUACUCCAGAGUGCCCGGAGAUCCCUGAAUCAGAAAGGAUAGACUGCGCGCCUGGCCAGGUGGUGACAGAGGCUGUCUGCAAGUGGCAACAUAAAUGCUGUUGGAAUCCUGGGCCAGAUACUGAUGUCCCUUCAUGCUUCUUCCCCAGGAACUGGGGCUAUGAAGUCAACAAUGGCUAUAAAAAUACAACCACAGGGUUUACUGCCCAGUUGAAAAGGUUGUCAUCCCCAUCUCUGUUUGGAUAUGAUGUCGACGACACCCUCUUCACAGCUGAAUAUCAGACAUCCAAUCGUUUUCAUUUUAAGAUCACUGAUUUCAAUAACAUACGCUAUGAAGUCCCGCAUGAAAAUAUUAAGCUGUUUAAUGGGACUGCUAGCACCUCCAAUUUGAGCUAUCGCAUAGAGGUCAUUGAUAAACCCUUCAGCAUCAAAAUAAUGAGGACGAGCAAUGGAAGAGUCUUGUUGGACACUAGCAUCGGGCCCCUCCAGUUCGCCCAGCAGUACCUGCAGCUGUCUCUCCGACUGCCCAGCGCCAACGUGUAUGGGCUCGGGGAACACGUGCACCAGCAGUACCGCCACAACAUGACCUGGAAGACCUGGCCCAUCUUCACCCGGGACGCCACCCCCACUGAGGGCAUGAUUAAUCUAUAUGGAGCUCAUACAUUCUUCUUGUGCCUUGAAGACACCAGCGGCUCCUCUUUCGGGGUUUUUCUGUUGAACAGUAAUGCUAUGGAGGUCACCCUUCAGCCCGCUCCUGCAAUCACUUACCGCACCAUCGGGGGCAUUCUUGACUUUUAUGUGUUCCUGGGAGACACUCCAGAACAAGUGGUUCAGGAAUACCUGGAGCUUGUUGGACGACCAUUCUUGCCUUCCUACUGGAGUCUUGGGUUCCAGCUGAGUCGCAGGAAUUAUGGCGGCAUCGAGGGAUUGGUAGAGGUUGUAGAUCGAAAUCGUGCAGCUGGGAUCCCAUACGAUGUCCAGUAUUCUGACAUAGACUACAUGGAUGGAAAUAAGGAUUUCACUGUUGAUGAAGAGGUUUUCCCUGGUCUCUCAAAUUUUACCAAGGAGUUACAUAGCUAUGGAAUGAAAUAUGUAAUUAUUAUGAAUCCUGGCAUCUCAAAUGAUUCUGACUACCAGCCCUAUGUGAAUGGAAGAAAAAAGAGAGUAUGGAUCUUGGGGAACAAUGGCGCUGUCAUUGGGCAGGAAAUGGAUGAAGUAUCUAGUUUUCUCCAAAGUUCUGAUCAGGGGUGUGAAUCAAACAACUUGAACCUUCCUCCUUUCACUCCUCGAGUUCUGGACCGUUUGCUCUUUGAAGGAACCCUCUGCAUGGAUGUGGAGUUUUACUGGGGGCUUCACUAUGAUGUCCACAGUUUGUAUGGCUACUCCAUGGCAAGAGCUACAGCCUCGGCCAUGGAGAAUGUCUUCCCCAAUAAAAGGAACUUCAUCUUAUCCAGGUCUACUUUUGCUGGAUCUGGCAAAUUUGUUGCUCAUUGGUUGGGGGACAAUGCGGCCACAUGGGAUGAUCUCCGAUGGUCCAUCCCUAGUAUCCUUGAGUUUAACCUGUUUGGCAUCCCCCUGGUAGGUGCCAACAUCUGUGGUUAUAGAGAAGAUGUCACAGAAGAACUCUGCAGAAGGUGGAUGCAGCUUGGAGCAUUUUAUCCACUAUCAAGGAAUCAUAAUGGGCCUGGGUUCAGGGACCAGGAUCCUGCUGCCUUUGGUGAAAACUCUCAGCUGUUGAAUUCCUCCAGACAUUAUCUGAACAUCCGCUACACCCUCCUGCCUUAUCUCUACAGUCUUUUCUACCGCGCUCAUACCAUGGGGGAGACUGUAGCAAGGCCCCUCGUCCAUGAGUUUUACCAGGACCCAGCUACAUGGGAGGUGUACGAGCAGUUCUUAUGGGGGCCUGGACUUCUCAUCACGCCUGUUUUAUACGAAGGUGUGACCCAAGUGCAGGCAUACAUACCUGAUGCCAUCUGGUAUGACUAUGAGACAGGAGUAGCCAUCCAAUGGAGGAAACAAUUGGUGGAGAUGCUCCUCCCAGAUGAAAAGAUAGGACUUCACCUUCGAGGGGGCUACAUAUUUCCUACCCAGCAGCCAAACACAACCACAGAGACCAGUCGGAAGAAUUCCCUGGGACUCAUUAUUGCCUUGGACUAUAAGAGAGAAGCAACGGGGGAACUGUACUGGGAUGAUGGGGUAUCUAAAGAUGCUGUAACUAAAAAGAAUUAUAUUCUGUAUGACUUUUCUGUCACCUCUAACCGUCUACAGGCAAAAAUUACAAACAAUAAUUAUACGGACCCUGACAACCUCAUGUUUACAGAUAUCACAAUCUUGGGAAUGGACAAGGAACCUACUAAUUUUACUGUCUUAUUUAAUAAUGCUGCCACCUCCAUUUCAAACGUUGUCUACAGUGCUUCAACAAAGGUGGUGAGCAUCACUGAUCUCGAGGGACUGGUACUAGGACAAGAAUUCUCCAUCGAGUGGAAUCUUCCAGUCAGUGACCUGGAGAAGUUCAACUGCUACCCUGAGGAUCCCACUGCCUCCGAGGAGAGCUGCAGUCAGCGGGGGUGCCUUUGGGAGCACACAACUGUUCCUGGCGUGCCCACCUGUUACUAUGACACUAUCCCUAAUUAUGCUGCUAGCAAUAUUCAGUACCUGCCCACGGGCAUCAGCACAGACCUUGCCCUCCUGACAGCCCCUGAGUCAGCACGAGCAACGGCACCACCAUCACCAUCAUCACGGGGUGUGCCAUCCCAACCCGCAGCAGCAGCAGCCGCCGCCUCUGAAUCUCUCUCUGCAAAGAUCAGCUUCCUCCAACUGAGUGUCAUCUACCACACAGAAAACAUGCUGCAGUUCAAGAUCUAUGAUCCCACUAAUAAAAGGUAUGAGGUCCCAGUGCCUCUGAACACCCCUCCCUCUCCAGUUGGCUCCCCUGAAAACUGCCUGUACGAUGUCAGAAUUCAGAGCAAUCCUUUCGGGAUCCAGAUUAGACGAAAAAGCUCCAACACUGUGAUCUGGGAUUCUCAGCUCCCUGGCUUCACCUUCAACGACAUGUUCCUUUCCAUUUCUACCCGCCUCCCCUCUGAGUACAUCUACGGCUUUGGGGAAACUGAGCACACAGCUUUCAAAAGAAACAUGAGCUGGCACACGUGGGGAAUGUUUGCUCGAGAUGAGCCACCAGCGUACAAGAAGAAUUCCUAUGGCAUCCACCCCUACUAUAUGGCACUGGAGGAGGACGGCAGUGCCCAUGGAGUGCUCCUGCUAAACAGCAAUGCCAUGGAUGUGACAUUCCAGCCUACUCCUGCCCUGACAUACCGCACCACAGGAGGGAUUUUGGACUUUUAUAUGGUUUUGGGACCAACCCCCGAGCUUGUAACUCAGCAAUACACUGAGUUGAUCGGUCGGCCAGCAAUGACUCCCUACUGGGCCUUGGGAUUCCAGCUGAGUCGCUAUGGAUACCAGAAUGAUACUGAAAUCUCCGACUUGUAUGAUGCAAUGAUGGCAGCCCAGAUUCCCUAUGAUGUCCAGCAUGUAGACAUCGAUUACAUGGACCGGAAGCUGGACUUCACCCUCAGCCCUAGCUUUCAAAACCUUGGUCUCCUGAUUGAGCAGAUGAAGAGUGAUGGCAUGAGAUUUAUUCUCAUUCUGGACCCAGCCAUUUCUGGCAAUGAGACCCAGUAUCUCACAUUCACCAGAGGGCAGGAAAACAACGUAUUCAUCAAAUGGCCUGACACCAGUGAUAUUGUCUGGGGAAAGGUUUGGCCAGAUCUGCCCAAUGUGAUUGUGGAUGGAUCCCUUGACGAUGAAACUCAGGUUGAGCUGUACAGAGCCUACGUUGCUUUUCCUGACUUCUUGCGUAAUAACACAGCCAUAUGGUGGAAGAAGGAAAUAGAAGAACUCUAUACAAACCCUCGAGAACCAGAGAAGAGCUUGAAGUUUGAUGGACUGUGGAUUGAUAUGAAUGAACCAUCAAACUUUGUGGAUGGAUCUGUCUGGGGCUGCAGAGAUGAAACUCUUAAUAAUCCACCGUAUAUGCCAUAUCUGGAGUCCAGGGACAGCGGUCUGAGCAACAAGACCCUGUGCAUGGAGAGUGAGCAGGUCCUGCCAGAUGGCUCUGUAGUGCGGCACUACGACGUGCACAGCCUGUACGGGUGGUCGCAGACCAGACCCACAUACGAAGCUGUGCAGGAGGUGACAGGACAGCGAGGGAUCAUCAUCACCCGCUCUACUUUCCCCUCUUCUGGCCGCUGGGGAGGACACUGGCUGGGAGACAACACGGCCGAGUGGGACCAGCUGAAGAAGUCUAUCAUUGGCAUGAUGGAGUUCAGUCUCUUUGGGAUAUCUUAUACAGGAGCAGAUAUUUGCGGGUUCUUUGGAGAUGCUGAAUAUGAGAUGUGUGUUCGCUGGAUGCAACUGGGGGCCUUUUAUCCAUUUUCCAGGAACCACAACACAUUCGGGACAAGGAGACAAGAUCCUGUGGCCUGGAAUUCAACCUUUGAGAUGAUCUCAAGAAAAGUCCUCCAGACCAGAUACACCCUGCUGCCUUACCUCUAUUCUCUGAUGCAUAAAGCUCAUGUUGAGGGCAGCACUGUUGUCCGACCCCUUCUCCAUGAGUUUACAGCUGACAACGAAACGUGGGAAAUAGACGGUCAGUUCAUGUUGGGCCCCGCCAUCUUAAUCAGCCCCGUGCUGGAAAGUAGCACUUUUGAGAUCCGUGCUUAUUUUCCCAGAGCCCGUUGGUACGACUAUAGCACGGAAUCUGGCAAUGCAUCGACAGGUGAAUGGAAAACCCUGCAGGCUCCGCUUGACCACAUCAACCUUCACGUCAGAGGAGGCUACAUCCUGCCUUGGCAAGAGCCUGCAAUGAACACUUAUUACAGUCGACAAAAUUUUAUGGGAUUGAUUGUUGCUUUGGAUGACAAUGGGAAAGCCGAAGGUGAGAUGUUCUGGGAUGAUGGACAAAGCAUUGAUACCUAUGAAAAUGGAAACUAUUUCUUGGCAAACUUUACAGCAGCUCAGAACAUAUUGCAAAUUCAGAUUAUACACAAUAUGUAUUUGAGUGACUUGAAUCCACUGAAAGUUGGAUAUAUUCGAAUCUGGGGGAUAAACUCUAUGUUUGUGACGCAAGUCACUUUCACCUAUGACAACCAGCAGUUCGUGGAGACAAAUUUCCAGAGUGACCCUUACAAUCAGACACUAACUAUUCAAUUGACUGACAAGGAUAUCAGCUUGGAAAAGUUAACUGAAGUUACUUGGAUUUAUGGUGGUCCUAUCAUUUCUACUACACCCAUGACAAGUACCUUCCCAAUGAGUUCUCUACAUCCUUCUGCAUCUAUUACUAAGGCUACCACUUCUGAGAUUACUAUCACUAGUUCUGCUAGUACAAGUACUACUACUGCUAGGACUACUGCUACUCUUCCUAUCACAGCCACCCCUUUCCCAACAAGUGCUAUUGAAUUUACAAGUAGUACUACUGUUCCCAAUACCAGUAUGCCUUCCCCUACAAAUACUUCUACUGCUAAUACUGGUGCUACUCUUCCUAUCACAACCACUCCUAUUCCAACAAGUGCUACUGAAGUUACAACUAGUACUACUGUUUACAAUACCACUAUGCCUUCCCCUACAAAUACUUCUACUGCUAUCACUAGUGUUAGUCUUCCUAUCACAACCACUCCUUUCUCAACAAGUGCUAUUCAAGUGACAAAUGGUACUACUAUUCCUAUUACCACUACUCUUUCCCUCAAAAAUACUGAUGCUACUAGCAUUAAUUACAAUUCCAAUUACAUUCCAAUUACAACAACUCCUUUUCCUGCAAAUACUAGUGCUGAUACUACUAGCAAUAGUUUUCCUAUUAUGACUACUUUCUCUGAAAGUACUCAUGCUGUGAACACUACUGUUGCUAUGGUGACCACUUCUCCUACAGGUACUAAUGUUGCCAGCACUAGUAAUGAUGCUCCUAUUACAAACUCUCCUUCCCUUACAAUGUCUAGUGGUAAUAGUACUAGUAAUACUAUUUCUGUCGUGACCACUUCUUUCCAAACUCCUCCCACCACUCCUAUCCAUACUCUUACUUCUACUUCUAACUCUACUACUUCUAGUUUGAACACAUUUCCAACUAAUAGUACAUUUACUACUGAUACAGUCACUAAUUUUUCUACAGCUUCUGAUGCAAACACCACUCUCUUCAACACCACAGAUACACAAAGUACCGUAAUGAUAGAUGCCACAGUUGCUACUACCAGCACUACAGAUACAACAGUUACUUCCACAGACAAAUUUACUGCACACAUCACGCAGCUCACUACUCCCCGUUCUCCUACUACUACAACACAGGCGUUAAGCCACACAAUGUUAAUUUCCACAAAUUUUUCUAACCCAGCUACGGUAAAUAUUACUGAUGCAGAUAACUUCAACAAAGUUUCAGGUAACGCUACAUAUGUUUCUAUUCCAAAUACCACAGCCUCUGACACAUCAAUGACUGCUCUUCUAGAUACAGCAUCUGACUAUCUGGUAACAACAAAUUCUGCAGCUAGUAAUUUACCUAUUGUUGUAACUAAUGCAACCACAGAUAUUACAAAUAUUACCAUAUAUGCUGUAAAUACUACCACUCCUGAUAGAACAACAAUAGAUGUUUCUGCUACUGCAUCUGCUUAUAUUGCAAAUGCCAUAAAUGCUACUCUAGUCCCAUGAUUAAUACUCAAGGCAGGAUAACUACUAUAAAUAUCUCUUUAAAACAGCUAUUACAGAUAUAGAAAAUCAAUGAACAGAUAAUGAUCUUAGCUAUGCAAGUUUUCACAAAUAUUAGCACCAGCUUUUAUAGAAAUGGCUACUCAAAGCACUGUAAACAUUACAGACAUGUCUAAAGAUGCAUCCAUUACUAACUUUAUAGGUGUGAUAAAAGAAGCUGUGGAAUAUAUUCUUUUUAUUUAUAAUUCUAAGCCCUGAA